UGUGCUUUCACUUUGGCACCCUUAACCAGCUGUCAGUGUUGGAAACCAGCUACUGGGCUAGCCUACUAGUAUGCAGAAACCAAACCUGUUUUUUGGUUUGGGGCUGUGGUGACUAUGGUGAGUGGUGCUUAGUCAAUUUCAAAUGAUAAAGGAUAGUAAUCGAACACAGCUCAGGAAAUUUGAGGUGGACUUCAUGCUUAUCUUGUUCCUGAUUCGAAAAAUUUAGUAACGUUAUACUGUCCUCAACAAAUAACGGACGCUGGUAAUGUGUGAAUACAGGUAUUGAGGUGGAGUGCAGCUGAAGUCAAUAGUUGGACCGGACCGGUCUCAGAAACGGUUCAGUAAGUUUGCUGAUAAGACAGGAAGUGAAGAAUCGUCUUAUCAUUUUGCACAAUGAAAAAGUUCUUCGACUCGCGAAGGGAACUGGUCAGCUCUGGACCAGGUUCUGGAGGAGGCGGGGGAAGUAGUGGGUCCAGCAACGCCGGCGCCAAUUUCAUUGGACGGGCAUUCACUAUUGGACGGUAUCAAGUUACAGUGGACGAAACCUUGGCGGAAGGCGGUUUUGCGAUUGUGUUCUUGGUCCGGACCCACCAGGGGGUGCGCUGCGCCCUGAAGAGGAUGUACGUCAACAACGAACACGACCUGCAGGUCUGUAAGAGAGAGAUCCAAAUCAUGCGGGAUCUUGUUGGCCAUAAGAACAUAGUGGGCUAUCUGGACUCCAGCAUCUCAGCAGUGGGAGGAGGAGACGUCUGGGAGGUUCUGAUUCUUAUGGACUUCUGCCGAGGCGGUCAGGUGGUGAAUCUGAUGAACCAGCGUCUGCAGACGGGUUUCACUGAGGCUGAGGUGCUGCAGAUCUUCUGUGACACCUGUGAGGCUGUGGCCCAACUGCACCAGUGCAAGACCCCCAUCAUCCACCGGGAUCUGAAGGUGGAGAACAUCCUGCUCCAUGACCGAGGUCAUUACGUGUUGUGUGACUUUGGCAGCGCCGCCAACAAGUUCCAGAACCCACAGACCGAAGGAGUAUCUGUGGUGGAGGAGGAGAUCAAAAAGUACACCACUCUAUCCUACCGUGCCCCUGAGAUGGUUAAUCUGUAUAACGGCAAGAUCAUCACCACCAAAGCGGAUAUCUGGGCCAUGGGCUGCCUGCUCUAUAAGCUCUGUUUCUUCACCCUGCCGUUUGGCGAGAGCCAGGUGGCCAUCUGUGAUGGCAACUUCACCAUUCCAGACAAUUCCCGUUAUUCCCAGGACAUGCACUGCCUCAUCCGCUAUAUGUUGGAGCCUGAUCCUGAUAGGAGACCAGAUAUCUAUCAGGUGUCAUACUUUGCUUUCAAACUGGCCCAGCGGGACUGCCCUGUCCAGAACCUUAAGAACUCACCCAUUCCGGCAAAGCUCCCUGAGCCAAUCAGAGCCAGUGAGGCGGCGGCCAAGAAGAGCCAGAGUCAAAGCAAGGCCAGGCUGACUGACCCGAUCCCCACCACUGAGACCUCCAUCACCCCACGCCAAAGACCCAAAGCCGGCCAGUCCCAGCCCCAGCCUAUAGGGGGCAUUCUACCCAUCCAGCCUGUGGCCCUGACUCCACGCAAACGAGCCAAUCUGCCUGCUGGAGCCACACAACCUGCAGCAGUGGGCGUGAAUCUGGCCCAGCCUGCCGCAGCCCUGCAGUCCCAGAAAGCACAGCCUGCCCGGACAGCCACGGCUCCCAGUCAGCCGCAACAGAAACCGGUAAGCCAGUCAGUCCCAGCACCCCAGAUGGGAGCAGGGGGCGGAGCUACACCAGCUCCUCCUACAGCCGUCAGCAGCCCCGCCCCUCAAAAAGCUGUAAUUCAACCGCAGUCCAGUCCGGCCCCUCCCACCGCCCCGGCACGCAGCGCCCGGCGCAAACAGCAGCCGCAGCCCCAGCCCUCGGCCGCUCAGGCCGGAACCGGCGCCCAACCGGCUGCGGCUCCGGCCCCGGCAGCGCAGCCGGUGGCUCAACAGACGCCUGCGCAGGCGACGCCUUCUGCUCCGGGCAUUUCCCAGACCCCGCCCUCCUCUCCGAAGGCAUGCCAGCGCGGCGGGCACCGGCGGAUCCAGAGCGAUGUGACUCACAGUGCUGUGUUUGGAGUGCCCGUCAGCCAGUCCAACCAGCAGCUGCAGGCGGCCUCGGCCCAAGCCGGACUCAACAAGUCCAAGUCGGCCAGUGCCACGCCUUCCAGCUCGCCCCAGUGUUCCCAGCAGAGCGUGUACCUGCCGUCUCCUGGCAGCAGCUCCGGCGCCUCCGCGGCCCCCUCCGCUGCUCUCUCAGCCGUCAGUCUCCAAAGCCCCUCAGGCCAGGCCUCCUGGAACCCCUUUGGAGAUGACAACUUCUCCAAGCUAACCGCUGAAGAGCUGCUGAACAAAGACUUUGCCAAACUAAGCGAUGACUCUGCUGAGAUGCUCAGUGACUCCACAGAGAAUCUCAUCCCAGGGUUACAGUCUGCUCCCCCUACUGACGCCACCCCCCAGCCAGCCGUAGAGAGACCUGUCGAUAUUCUCGGUUUGGAUUCAGGCACUGGGUUACUGACUGUCCCAGAUCCUUUCAAUGCUCCAGAGAAGUUGAUAGAGGGGUUGAAGUCUCCAGAGACCUCUCUGAUGCUGACUGAUCUGCUGUCCAUGGCAGACCCUUUUGACAGCUCUUUGGAGGAUGCCAGAGACGGUAAGGCAGAGCUGGUUGUGGACUCUCUGAUCCCUGGUUUGGAGGCUCCUCAGACACAGUUCCAGCCAACCCAACCCGACACAGGCCCUGCCAGCCUUCCUGACUCUCUGGGCGGGAACGCCGCGUUGCUGGCCUGCCCACUACCCACUGGCCCCGCCCCCUGCGUGGACGAGCUCGCUCCGGUCUCCGGUGGUCCGGCCCAGAGCGUGCCGGACUCCUCUUGUCUCAUCUCAGGCUUUGAGCCUCCUCCCGGUAAAGAGAAGACUACUGAGGAGGAGUUUGACCCCAUCCCAGUGCUGGUCUCGAAAAACUCUCAAGAUGAGUUGCUGGGAGUGAACGGCUACGACCCGGCGUCAGGUGGGAGCGGUGGCCAUGGCUCUCUCCAAACACCCGGGGAAGACGGGAGGAGCCACGGAAAACACGGCGAGGACGCGACCCGUCGCCCCUGCGGCGACCCCAGGCCGCUCCCGCUCGGCUCCGAGGUGACGAACUCAGUGACCCUCGUAGGUUCCAACGGAGCCUCUCAAGCCCCGCCCACAGCCCGAGAUCACCCCUCCCCGCUGGACGUGUUCUCCAGCGCUCCCUUCUCCGUCGGCGGGGGGGGCAGGCAGGACGUGUUCAGCACCGCCCCGUUCCCGCCGUCCCAGCCGACGGCCCUGAAGCCCGACGUCUUCCUUCAGGCGCCGUUUGGAAGGAGGAGAGAGACGGCGGCGGCAGGCGGUCAUCCGCUCCAUCACCCAGCCCAGGCCCCUCUUCAAAUGAUGGCGCCCCCCAGUGGCCAAGAGCAGGACAUCACGGCCGGUCCCGUCAGCCAGCCCAUCGGUCUGCACGCGCAGGCGAAGUUUCCCCGCUGUGUCGACGCCCCUCUGCCCCAGCAGCCAAUCGCAGCCCACCGUGUGGUGUCCAGCGUAGGCCAGCAGGCGGCCGUCGGCUCGGUCCCCGUCGGCCCGCUGCACUCCUGGACCGUCGGGGUGCGAGCGGUGAUGGACCCUUUUUUGGCCGCGCCCUUUCAGCCCAGAUGUCCGCAGGGGAAACCGUAAGGGCUCUCUGCCGCCUCCUGGGGAGCAGUGAAAAAAAACCAAGCUCCAAUCACAGACCC